UUGCCGGAAUGAAAGCCAGAGUGGGGAGGUAACUGUCGCCAAUGGCCUUGCGAGAGACGCCUUUUCCCCUCCCCCUCUGCGCGCGGAGGUAGGCGGCUCCGCCCCCGUCCCGCCCCGCGCUCGUGCCGCAGUGAGUGAGAGGCGGCAGGGAGGAGGAGCGCGCGUGCGGAGGAGACGCGGUGGCCUGCAGGCAGGCGGGGGGAAGAUGUUUGAGACUCUGCGCGAGCGGCUGCUGAGCGUGCAGCAGGACCUCACCUCGGGGUUGAAGACUUUGGGUGACAAAUCAAGAGAAGCGAAAAUAAGCAAGCAGAGGACUGUUCAGUAUUUGCCAAAGUUCUCUGCUGGAUUGGAAUUGCUCAGCAGGUAUGAAGACACUUGGGUGGCCCUUCACAAAGGAGCUAAGGAAUGUGCAAAAGCUGGAGAGCUAGUGGAUAGCGAAGUUGUGAUGCUCUCUGCACACUGGGAGAAGAAGAGGAGUAGUCUAAUAGAGCUGCAGGAACAACUCCAGCAAGUUCCAGGGUUUUUAGCAGAUCUGGAGUCCAUGACAGCAAAUCUGGCCCAGCUAGAGAUAAACUUUAAGGAAAUGGAAAAUCAUCUGUUGCAUCUUGAAGACCUGUGUGGGCAGUGUGAGUUGGAAAGGUACAAACAUAUGCAGGCACUACAGCUGGAAAACUACAAGAAAACAAAAAGGAAAGAACUUGAAACCUUCAAAGCUGAGCUAGAUGCUGAGCAUGCCCAGAAGGUUUUGGAUAUGGAGCAUACCCAGCAGAUGAAGCUAAAGGAGCGUCAGAAGUUCUUUGAAGAAGCCUUCCAGCAGGAUAUGGAGCAAUACCUUUCUACAGGAUACCUGCAGAUAGCAGAGAGACGAGAGCCAAUAGGAAGUAUGUCUUCCAUGGAGGUGAAUGUGGACAUGCUGGAACAGAUGGACCUGAUGGACAUGUCUGAUCAUGAAGCACUAGAUGUCUUCUUGAACUCAGGAGAGGACGAUAGCAUACUAUCUCCCAUUUUGGGGCCUGAAUCCAAAACCGGUCAGAAUGAAAUAAGCCUCCAGGUUCCAAGCCAGUCUAAAUUAAGGCAAAAAUUGUCUUCAUCAUCAUCAACCUGGACUGACUCUGCCAGCCAGGGUACCAGUGAAGUAGAGUCUCCUGUUAUCCAGUCUGAUGAGGAGGAAGUUCAAGUGGACACUGCCCUUGCUGCUGUAAAUACUGAAAGAAAAGGUACUUCAGAUGUCAGUGAUGAAAGUGACUCUCAGACUGUUUGAAUCCUAGCACCGUAUCUUCUAAGAAUCUUUGACUUUUGAAUGAACGAAGAGCUCGCCCAUGUUGUAGGAAUUAGUUAACUAAUCAUGAAAGUCUAUAACGUUGCCAGCCAUGUGGAUUUUUUUUUUAAAUUGCCUAAACCACACACUUUAUUAUUAAAGUUUUGGGGUUUUUUGGA